UUGUCGAGGCAAUCGGUUGCUUGGCAACGUCGCGCACUUGUAGAAAGAUUGCUCCGCUGGUGGUAGCCGCAAAGUUCUGUGCUAAUGUGAUAAUGUUUAUGAUAGAAGGUUUUUCCUUUUUUUGGAACAAAUGUGACGUAGCACAGAUAUGAGCGAGAAGGAAGACAGCAAAAGAUGCCUGUGAGAGACUCCACCUUCAGCAACUCACAUGUUGUGAAACCAUCGGUCAUGGCUGUCUCUGCUAUCAGGAACUGGUGGAAUACCUACCAGCUGGACAAAUCGGACACCAGUGACUCCAACACAGAGGAAGACGAGGAUGAAUUAGCAUUGAGGAGGCAGUUAUCUCUAAACCUAAGCCAGACGUUGCGAACCAAUCAGCUGCUCCUAAACUUUGACGGUGGCCGACCUGUUUUGAGUCUCCGGGCGCCGCUGGGCCUGGUUAACUUCCCUUCUGUCUCCCGUCCCCGUUGGCCCAUAGAGUGUGAGGUCAUCAGCGACAUCAUACAACACAUAGAGUGGGACCCCCCAGAGCCGGAGCCUUUCUAUCAGCACACAGGACAUGAGAGGACACCCAUGCCAGUCGGAGAAGAGAAGGGGAAGGUGGUGUACUGCACUGGCAAUGCCGCUAAGUCUCCCUACUUCACCUGCUCUCGUGUUGGAGGAAGCAGUGGUCCCAUUAAAAGUGUCACUUAUAGCGUCAAUCAGACAGAGUUCACCCUCGAGUUUGAGUCACGCUUUGAAAGUGGAAACCUUCAGAAGGCUGUUAAAGUGGGCGUCUAUGACUAUGAGCUCACCCUGCAGACAGACUUGUACACCAGAAAGCACACACAGUGGUUUUACUUCAGGGUCAGGAACAUGAAGGCCGGGGCGACCUACCGCUUCACUAUCAUCAACUUGAUGAAGAGCAGUAGUCUGUAUUCUGCCGGUAUGAAGCCGCUUCUCUACUCUGAGAGGGCUGCUGAGGAGAACAGCGUUGGAUGGCAGCGCUCAGGCUCCAACAUCAGAUACUAUCGGAACGGCUGUCAGAAUACAAAAGACAACAACAGUGACGUCGUCGCCUUGUACUCGCUCUCCUGGACUCUUCAGUUUCCUUAUGACUCCGACACCUGCUUUCUUGCCCACUGCUACCCCUACACCUACUCACGGUUGCAGAGCUACCUCAGGCACAUCUCCUCCAACCCAGCAGUUGCAUCGUACUGUAAAGUGCGGGUCCUGUGCCACAGCCUUGCUGGGAAUGCUGUGUACGUGGUGACGGUGACGUCUCCGGGUCAGCAGGACCAGAAGGCUGUGGUGGUGACGGCCAGAGUGCAUCCUGGGGAAACCAACGGCUCCUGGAUGAUGGAGGGAUUUCUGGACUUUCUGCUUGGGGACUCAGAUGAUGCUCAGCUACUCAGGGACACUUUUGUUUUUAAGGUGGUGCCAAUGCUAAACCCAGAUGGUGUGGUGGUGGGCAACUACCGCUGCUCCCUGGCAGGCCGAGAUCUCAACAGAUACUACAAGACAUUGCUCAGGGAUUCCUUUCCUUGUGUGUGGUACACCCGAAACAUGGUGGAGAGACUAAUGGUUGAAAUGGAUGUAGUUCUUUACUGUGACUUUCAUGGUCACAACCGUAAAAACAAUGUCUUCAUGUACGGCUGCAACAACCGAGGUGGUGCUUCGCUCAGACUUCAUGAGAGAGUCUUUCCGUUGAUGAUGAGCAAGAAUGCCAGUAAUAAGUUUUCUUUUAAGAGCUGUAAAUUCCGAGUGCAGAGGAGCAAAGAGGGCACUGGACGAAUCGUCAUGUGGCGCCUUGGAAUCAAAAACAGCUACACCAUGGAGGCCACCUUUGGAGGUUCUACUUUGGGUGACAGGAGAGGAACACAUUUUACUGCUGGAGACUUGAAGUCCCUGGGCUUUUAUUUUUGUGACACUCUGCUGGACUACUGUGAUCCUGAUCCAGCCAAGACUAGUUACUGUCUGACAGAGCUGGCAGCUUUAUUAAGAAAAGAAGUCAGAGCAAGACUGGGCAAAGACAUCAGCACCGACUGUCACUUCAAUGUGUCCGACCUGGAAACCAGCACCAGCGGUUCAAACAGUUCUGAUUCAGACGGACUCCCAGUUCAUUUACUGAACCAGCCACAGACUGUGCAUCCAGAGCAAACUCAGGUGAAGAAGAAAAAGAAACACCUGAGAAGUCGUAAAGAAAGAAACAGGCUGCAACCGAACAGAGUGACGAAUAAUACACAGCCAAAGAUCCCACAAAGCAACAUCAAAGAUGUUGAGUCCAACCUGCCUGAUGAUAGCACAGUUAAAGAGAGCAUCCCAGAAAGGUCUGCUGGGAGACACAGAAAGAAAUGGCAGGUACAUGGUCUGGUUAGAAAAACUGGUGUCCCUCCUCCCACCAGCCACUCUGGUGAGCUUAGCCAGGUGACACUGUGGCAGGGAUGCAAGCCAAUCAAGGACGACUGUUCGGACAACCUGAGGGCUCCAUUCCUGCACCACAAGAAUAAAGUGUGUCCAAAUAUCAGGAUGUACACAGCUCUUUCAGCUCACACUGGUGAGCCGUUCAUCCAUCCAACACAGGGGAGAUGCUCCUCUCAGCUGCUGCACCUCAGGGCUCUUCUUCCACCUUCACCAAAUUUAUUGCAUUCCAACCAGCAACAGAACAGCUGCUACCCACAAUCUUUCACCUCCUAUAAGGUUUACAGAGGGCUGCCGUCUUCCCUCACAGCACCUCACAGCAGGUCUCCCUCAUCCACGUAUGUCAAGAUGAUGCAGGACAUGGUUCCGAGAAAACACCUGCUGUCAAGUCUGACCACUAACAAGUUCAGCGGCCGGCACACUUUUAGAGACAGAACUUCUCUACAGAUCUCACAACAUCAUUUUGUGUCCAACGAUUCCUACACCUCAUGCUUAGACGUAACCAAAAUAAAACAGCAGACGGAAGGAAAGGAGGAAGAUUCCUCAGAAGUGGAUUUGUCACUUCAGAGAGACCCUGACAUUCCCCUGAAUGACGGUGAAUCACGCAGCAGUGUGUUUGAGCCUGUGCUGAGGGACCUAAGAGAAAAAAGGUUCUAGAGGAUCCAGUGACCACCGCCUGUGGACACAGUUUCUGUAUGAAAUGCAUCAACACCUUCUGGGACACAAGAAACAACAGAAGAGG